AGAAGCCAAUAGUGCAUUUCUUGAAGACCUUUCAAAAUAUAGAGAAGAAUUACUAAAUUUAUUAAAUGAUUGGCCACUAGAGAAUAUCUUUAAUUGUGAUAAACUGGUCUAUUUUGGAAAAUGGAACUUUCAAGAUCCCUUGCUAAAAAAGAAAUUGCAGGAAAAAGAUAAAAAAAGAGUUACAAUUCUCUUAUAUACAAAUGUUACAGCAUGGAAUAACAUCAGUUGUGAUACACUUUUAAACUGUUGGAAAAAGACAAAUAUUAUAUCACUUUCACAAUUUGAAAAUUCAGGAAUACUCUUGUCCAUUAUUAGUAUUACUUCAGAUACUACAAUAACUGGUGAUAUAAUUCCAUUUCAACAAUAUGAUAUUCAAGAAAUUCAAAAUUUAAUUUCUCAAUUGUCUUAUGAAGAAGAUUUUAUUAAUACAGAUUACUAUAUUGAAAUUGAUGAUUCACUUCAAUUUGAAAAUAUUGAUAUAGCAAAUAGAGAUAUUAUAAAAAAAAAUCAAUUAAAAUAA